AUGGAAUUAACUCAAGAUCCUAAUAGCGUCUAUUAUCUUCGUCAGUCUGAUAAUACUGGCAUGAAACUUGUCACAACUCCUUUUAAUGGAAGCUCUUAUGCAAACUGGAAGCGAUCUAUAUUUAUAGGUCUCACUGCUAAGAACAAAAUGUGUUUCAUCGAUGGAUCUCUUCUCGAACCUGAUCGUCUUGAUAACGCUUACAAGUCCUGGUGUCGCUGUAAUAGCAUGAUCAUCGGCUGGUUGAUCACUGCUUUGGAACCUCCAAUUGCUGCUAGUAUCUUGUAUGUUGACACUGCAAGAGAUAUUUGGAUCGAUUUGGAGGAACGAUUUGGACAAGUCUCUUCUGCACAGAUCUAUGCUUUGGUACAAGAAAUUUCACAGGUUUCUCAAGAGAAUAUUUCUCUAUCUGAUUACUACACUCAACUGAAGAAGGUUUGGGAUGAAAUUGACAAUUUGAAGCCACUGCCUACUUAUGAAUGUGCUAAUUGCACUUGCAAUCUCACACAGAAAGUGCUCAAAUUACAACAGGAUCAACGCCUGAUGGUGUUUCUCAUGAAAAUGUGUGGAGAUUUUGCUAAUGUUCGAUCUCAUAUCUUGAUGAUGGAGAUUUUGCCUACUCUGCCUCAGGCCUACAGGAUGCUGUUACAGGAACAAAGGCACAAAGAAAUCUCGAGGAUCAUUACCCCUACUGACUCUACUGCAUUUGCUUUUGACAAAAAUCAGGGUUAUAAUCGACAACAGACUGGAUUCCAAGCCAAAUCUCGUUUCAAAACUCUGCUAUGA